AGAGAUGAACCAGGGUGCUAGAUUCAUUUAUUAGGUAUCUUGGUAUUGCUUCCUGUGGAAACAAGCCCUGGGCUGAUGCCGGCAGCGUUAAUCACCGAGGGGCAACGAGAGCAGCAAUUAGGGUGAGGGAAGGAAAACAGGCGCUGCCGACACCGUGCAGGAGCCAAGUGGCCUUUCCUGCAGCAGCUGCUCGUGCCUGCACUCAUCCUGGCGCCCUCUCCUCCUCCUCCAUCUGCAUCACCCAGCUCCAGGGCUCAGACCCUGCACAUUUCCAGUGCACCCGAAGCCCCGUAGUGAUGAGCCCCCAGCCCCUUCGGGCUCCUGCAGAAGAGGUUUCCCACGCUUGCGCUUCUCCCAGGUGCCCGUGUCCCCACGAAGCUGCUGGAAGUGCUGGGGCCACGGUGGGCAGAGAGCGGAGCCGGCGGCGGCGCGGAGCAAAUCGCAUCAGAUGGCAGCGUGGAGUCACUUAAACGAGAUAAGAAUUAGUGCGCGGCCCUGAUGAACUCCCCCUCGGCUGCCAGCAGCCGUGUCAGGCAGAGAGCGAGAGCAGAGCCGCGGCUAAUUUGAUUUCUCGGCUCCGUUAGCGGCUGGCAAGUCACCUCCCGGGGAGCGCAGGCAGCUCGGAGCGCUUUCCCCUUAUUGAAUCUGGGUAAUGGGAAUCACGGGCAGCGCCGCGGCGGCGCUGGGGACCGUGCCCUGCUCCGUCCCCUCCUCUGGCCCCCCGUGUCCCCGGAGCAGGAUGGGGCCAGGACCGCUCCAGCGGAGCCUCUGCUGCAGCAUCAUUAACUCCGAAUGUUCUCCCUUGGGUUUUACUUCUUCAUCUUAAAGAGAUUUUAAUGUAGUUCCUAUCAGCCCUCCUGUUAUCGGAUAUCUAAUUAGCAUGAUCUAUUAUAGCCUCGUGUUACGCGCGCACGGGGGGCUCUUGCGGGACUUUUUGUGGGGCGGCUGAUAUCAAUUGGCAGCGCCUGGAUCAGAUUUACUUUCUGAAAUGGCGUAAUGGGAUUUUAUUAGCCCUGUAAUCUGCUGCACGGUAAUUGCUUUUCUGGGAAUCGAAGCGCUCGGCGUCCGGGGCUGCCCAGGGCUCAGCGCCGCGUCCUGCCCGGGCUCUGCCGCAGCAGCAGCGCCUCUGCGCAGGGUGCAGCCCUGGGGAGCCCCGUGUCCUGCAGCGCCUGGGACGCGGUGGGCAGCGAUGUCAGAACCACUCGCGUGUGUCCCAUUAGCUCCCAGAACCGCUGUCCUGGCAGCACCUGCCCGCGCGGAGCGGCGGGAGAGGGACGCGACUCAGAGCGCGUUUGGAGCGUCAGAAGCAAUAAAGCAUCACGGAGCAGCCCUGGCAGUGCAGCCCGAGGCCUGAGGCCGCCCAUUACGGAGCCUCGUGCUGCCCCAGAUUGCUUGUCUGCUGUGAUUUAACGCUGCGAGACAUGCAAUGAGCACUGCGCAUGGGCAGGCUGUGGUGCGGGCACGGGGGGCUGUGUGGUGGGUCGGAGUGGGUGCUCAUAGCUUUGCAGGGAAAAAGCUCAUCCUCACCCCACCGCCAAAGGAGUGCAAUGCCUUUAAACGUCCCAGGGAAGGGAGGGGAGCGCUUUCCUUUCCGUCCCCUUCUCCAUUAGACACCCUUCAGGUGUUCGCAAUAUUCUGCCACUGUCUCAUUUUCCAUUAAAGGCAGGUAAUAAUAAGCACAGGAAGGCACUUGGAGCCCAUUGCUGUUAAUGAAGGAGCCGCAGCUCAUCCCGAGCAGGGACGGCAGCCACGCGUCGCAGGCACCAUGUCCCCCAGGUCAGGCGGGAAUUGCCUUGCUGAGAGUGACCCAGCAGCAUCUAGUCUUGCGUGACCAUCUUUGCCCUUUCAUUUCUUAGAGGAGAGCCGCGCGGGGGCACGUUGGUGUCCAGGCCCGUCUCCGCGCACGGGCUGCGUGUCGCCUGCUUGGCGCAAACCCCGUCCCCGAGGCUGGUUUGCAGCAGAGAUCGUGCAGGUGCCGCCGACCCUCGUGUGAAAAUCCCCCGUGUGCCUCCCUCGCCUUCCACCCCAGCUCUCCUGUGCAGCUCUAGAUUUUGAGAAGUGUUUCCAAUCACAAACCACAGCGUGUCCAGCCUGGGUUUUAACACCCAGCUGGUCAGCUAUUAAAGCUGGGUAUUUUUCCCUUCAUUUUCCAGAGAAAAUGAGAAAGAUUUCAAGCAAAUGGGAAAGGCUAAUUUGGGCUGAAAAGGCUGUUAGCUUUUAAUGAAGAAUGCCUGAAAAAGUCUUGCAGAAAAGCAAGACUGCCUGUUUUGUUUUCUCUUUGCGUAUCAAGGAAACUGGAUAAGGUGUCUGGCUUGCUGGGUUUUACUUUAUCUACCCUGCUAACUCCUCCUCCUCGUCCCUCCCGGAUUCCUGAGCGGGAGCGUCCGUGAGAACACAGGAACCGAGAAGAUCCCAGAAGGACCACGCUGAAGCUCCCAUGCCCUUCCAGCACCCAAGGCGAGGAGCGGCGCGGUUGCGGUGGUGCAGAAGGACGUUUCGCUGCGUCCCGGAUUGCCAGAUGCUCUUAAACCAGCUGAAGGAGAUCACAGGGAUUCAAGAUUCGGCAUUCUUGGACGCGGCUCUAAAGGCUGCAGAUGGGGACCUGACGGCAGCCGUCACGUUCCUGACGGAGGAGCAGGCGCAGGAGCCGGUCGGGGACGUGACCGCCAGUGAGCCGGCGCCGUGGGAAGGGAGCGCCGUGGGCAAGCGGCUCCGGCACGAUGCGAGGGCUGCGCUUGGUGCUGACACCGAGGACGACGUCCCCGCGGUCGCCAGGGCGCCGGAGUCACCCGGAGCUCAGGCUGCGGACAGACACACUGCGGACAGGCUGCAGGAAACGCCUCCUGCCGACAGCACCAACCGCUCCAAAAGGAAACGCUGCGAGGUCUGGGGAGAAAACCACAAGCAGAACGACUGGAGAAGAGUGGGCGACUGGCCCGUGGGCAUGAAAAAUAUUGGCAAUACGUGUUGGUUUAGCGCUGUCAUACAGUCUCUGUUCCAGCUGCCCGAGUUCCGGAGGCUGGUCCUUGGCUACUCCGUCCCACAGGACGUGCUCGAGAGCUGUCGCAGCCGCACUGAAAAAAGAAAUAUUGCGUUCAUGCAAGAGCUUCAGCGCCUGUUUGCUCUAAUGCUGGGGACGCGCCGUAAGUUUGUAGACCCUUCUGCGGCGCUGGAGCUCCUGAGGGACGCGUUUAGAUCCGCGGAAGAACAGCAGCAAGACGUGAGCGAGUUCACGCACAAGCUGCUGGACUGGCUGGAGGACGCGUUCCAGCUUGCGGUGAGCGUCCGGAGCCCCGGGGACAAAUCGGAAAACCCGAUGGUGCAGCUUUUCUACGGCACUUUCCUGACUGAGGGCGUCCACGAGGGCAACACCUUUUCCAAGAUCGAGGCCUUUGGCCAGUAUCCCCUGCAGGUGAACGGUUACCGAGACCUGGCCGAGUGCCUGGCGGGAGCGAUGGUGGAGGGGGAGCUGGAGGCGCCGCAGGCCCCGGCGUACGGACAGCAGCGCUGGUUUACGAAGCUCCCGCCAGUACUGACCUUCGAGCUCUCCCGGUUCGAGUUCAAUCAGUCGCUGGGACAGCCCGAGAAAAUUCACACCAGGCUGGAAUUCCCGCGGACUAUUUAUAUGGACAGGUACCUCUACAGCAGCAAAGAGCUCAUUCAGACCAAGCGGGAAGAGCUGAAGAGGCUGAAGGAGAAAAUGGUGGUUCUGCAGCAGAAGCUGGAAAGGUACCUGCAGUUCGGCUCCGGCCCCACGCGCUUCCCGCUGCCCGACAUGCUGCGCUCCGUGCUGGAGUUCGUGGGUGCACGGACACCGCCGGGGCCACCGGGGCCAGCGCCGGGGCCACCUGCCCAGGGCCAGCCCAGCAGCACGCUGGAGGGCAGGAUGCUGGAGGGGCCGGAUGCUGGUGCUGGAGACGCGCGUUUCUUUCUGGCGAGUUCCUCGCCGCAGCAAAGCCCGCGUGCUCCGCUCGGGCCGCGCGGCUCCCCGGCCGGAACGUCGGGCCGUCCGGCUCCCCGCGCGGCGUCCGAGGAAGAGCUGAACCUCGUCCGGACGUGCCUGCAGCGAUGGACGGACGAGGUUGAGCAGGACGUGCAAGAGCUGAAGGAGUCUAUUGCCAGAAUCAACGUGUCCAUUGAGCAGAUGUACUGCGACCCGCUCCUGCAGCAGGUUCCCUACGGCCUGCACGCCGUGCUGGUGCACGAGGGCCAGGCCAACGCCGGCCACUACUGGGCCUACGUGUACGACCGGCGCCGCCAGGCCUGGCUCAAGUACAACGACAUCGCGGUGACCGAGGCGUCGUGGGAGGAGCUGCAGAGAGACUCGUUCGGGGGCGCGCGGAACGCCAGCGCCUACUGCCUGCUGUACACCCGCGGCACCGCGGCAGACGCGGGCGGUGUCUCGGAGGCCGGGCGGCUGCAGGAGGAGCUCGACGCCCUGUCCCCGGAGCUCAGGCACUACGUGCAGGAGGAGAACUGGCACCUGGAGCGCGAGGCGGAGGAGUGGGACGAGGAGCCGUCCUGCUCGGUGCCUCCGGCCGAGCCGUCGCCCGCCGCGGGGCCGCAGGAGCUCUCCUCCGAGUCGGGACCAGAUGUGCUGCCAGGCCGCGAGCGGAGCGUGCGCUCGCUGUCCUCCGAGCACGCCCGCAUGGCCGCGGAGCAGACGGCCCAGGCCAUCGCCAACACCGCCGACGCCUACGAGAGGGACGGCGUGGAGGCCGCGCUCUGCGAGCCGGAGGAGGUAGAGCCGGAGGAGGUAGAGCCGGAGGAGGUAGAGCCGGAGGAGGUAGAGCCGGAGGAGGCGCCGGCGGGAGGAGCCGGGACGGCCGAGGCCGAGCGGCCGUGGGACGCGGAGCAGCGUGGACCGGCUGCCCCGAGCAGCUCCCGGCUCUCCGAGGUGGAAAUCCCCAGCGUGGGGAAGAUCCCCGUUAGGUCUGAUGCAGACGGAUAUAACGAGGAGGUGAUGCUGAGCCCCGCCAUGCAAGGCGUCAUCCUGGCCAUUGCCAAAGCGCGCCAGACCUUCGAUCGCGAUGGGUCUGAAGCGGGGCUCGUCAAGGCGUUCCACGAGGAGUACUCGCGGCUGUACCUGCUGGCCAAGGAGACGCCGACGCCGUGCAGCGACGCGCGGCUGCAGCACGUGCUCAUCUACCUGCUGCAGAACAACGCACCGCAGCAGGUGGUGGAGCGGACCCUGCUCGAGCAGUUCGCCGACAAGAACCUCAGCUACGACGAGAGGUCCAUCAGCAUCAUGAAGGUGGCGCGGGCGAAGCUGCGGGAGAUCGGCCCCGACGACGUGGAUAUGGAGGAGUACCGGAGGUGGCACGAAGACUACAGCCUUUUCCGCAAGGUCUCGGUGUACCUGCUGACGGGCCUGGAGCUCUACCAGAACAAAAAAGGCGGGUUUGCAGGAACGAGUGCCAUCGGGUGGUUUGUUUCAUUCUCCUUUGGACUCCUGUAUCAAAACGCUCCCCGAGCAGGCGGGACUGACGCCGUGCCGCCCUCCGCAGAAGCUGAACGAGGUGGCGGCGUCGCUGUUCGUGAGCGCGGAGGACGCUCGCGUGGCCGAGGGCGUGGGCAUCCUGAACGAGCUGAUCAUCCCCUGCAUGCAUCUCAUGAACGGCCUGGACAUCUCCAGGGAGGACCUGGACGCGCUCGAGGCCAUGAGGAGCCGCUGGUGCUCCUACCUGGGCCGCGAGGACAUGGACGCGCGGCUGCAGCUGCAGCUGGGCGAGCUGCUGCCGCGGCUCCUGGACGGCUCCAGCGAGGCCGUGGUGCUGAAGGAGCCCCCGAAGAUCCGCCCCAACUCCCCGUACGACCUGUGCAGCCGCUUCGCGGCCGUCAUGGAGUCCAUCCACGCGGCCUCCGCCGUCACCGUCAGCUGACUGGGUCCGGAGCCGUGUGCUCGUGCCCACCAGCGAGCUGGGCGCGGUAUCGCACUUGUGGGACGUGGAGCGGUGCCUCGCGCUCUCCGUCCCGCGCGUUUCGGUCGCGUCCGGCGGGCGUUCACCCUUUGUGUUUUAACCUGCGGCAGAAAACAUGCGGAGUCUUCCUCUGAGGAAGGCCCAGCGGAGCCGGCACGGGCCGUCCCGACCGCGUCCCGCGUGGUUGUGCCGCAGCCAGAGCUCCCGGGACGGACGAGCCCCCUCUGACGGGAACACAAACCCCGACACCCGCGGGGCCCCCGGUGCUGCGUCGGUGCCGGCGACAGCUCUGAGGGCGACCAGCUCCUUUCGUUGUUCUGGGGGUUUUCUGACUGUUUUGCUGUAAAAGCCGUGCCCCGUUUGGAUUUCCUUUGGCACAGCCUGCGCUCGCCGCAGCCGUUGUCUUAAACCAAAUGUUGCGAGUAACGGGGGCGGAUCCUGUUUGUCAGGACUAUGCAGUUUUUCUAAAGGUGCAAUAAAAGCAUUUGUUCUAUGUUAGAAUGAAAAA